GUGUGUUCAUGUGCGCGUCUCUUGUAGACGUUUAAAUGGUUGAUCAACAUCUUCGACCCUCCCCUCCUGCAGUCUGAUGUGAAUCUCCGCCUCAUUUGCACCGUUUGAAGAUUUGCACCAGAACCCGUGGCCCGCUAUCUCUCUCUCCGGGCAGUCCCGGGAAUCCCCAGCCAUCGCGGGACAUCUGGGGCUUUCCAGUCGCUCUUCGGCAUCCACGGACUGCCCCCAGUCACAGAGGCGAGCAACAAGUGAAAGGACACGCUAUAUAAGGGCAUCACUUCGUGUGCAGCCGCUUCUUCCGCCGCGGACAUCGCUGCCCCGCGGAGAAAGAUGCGGAGAAAUGGGCUGAGGUGCAGGUUGCUGCAAAACAUCUCGGGAAUCAUCGGUUCCGUCGCUCUGAUCUACUCGGUUUGCAGCCCCGAGUGGUAUGAGGGGAAAGGGCUGUGGCACACGGCGGACAUCACACAGCCGGCGACCCAGCUCAGCCGAGCUGUAGAAACAGAGCGUGUGUUAGGAGUGAUAGCGAGUAUGAUGGCAGGCACAGCCAUCUGUCUCUGUUUGCUGUUUAGCUUUUGCUGGGAUCCAGACACUUACAGUGAGUCCAAGAUGAAUCCUGGACGUUUAAGGCAUCCUGGAAAACUGCUACUUAUAAUACUGAUGCCAACUGCUCUAUUAUAUUUUAUCCCAUGGUGCUCAUACACCAGUCGCCAUAAGGAGCAAAUCAAGAAUGAUUUCACAAAACUUGGCUCUGCAUAUUGGAUGGGAAUCUGUUCUUGUCUCACAUUGUUAGUUAUUUUGCCAAUUAUCUACUUAAUAGAACAAUGCACACUUCCAGAACCAGUGCCUAAAAUGAACAGGAACUCAAUACUUCAAGAGAACAUAUAAACAUUAGUAUCAAGUGAAGUUGAAGUCUUUCCAGCUUCUGGGAACCAAUAGACCAACGAGGCUGAGAUUAUUUUCAGAACCGGUUUAGGAAAGAAAGAUUAUUUCAGACUUUGUCUUCCUUAAGGAAUUGGAGAAGUGACAUUAUUUAAAAAAUAUUUUAAAUUGCAGUGACUUUUAAACCUACUGAACUAUAUUGUGAACAAAAAAAGUCAUUGUAAGUGAAGAUGCUUAUGUACUUGGAUAGGUAGCAAUUACUAAUGUUAUUUGAACUAUAGUGGUCGAGACGCAAAACCGUAAAAGAGCUCAUAAGAGUUCAUUGCUCUAGUUCUUCAUCCAUCUUUGAGUAUUCAACCACUUUAAUCCCUCCUCAUGUUUUUACACUAUUUUCCUACUUGCUAAGUGACCCUACAUGUUUAUUUUCUUUUAAUUAAAGAUUUUAUUUAUUUUACCCAA